AUGUAUACAUGCAGCUAUGAUGGAUGCCAAAAAUCAUUUCAAAAAUUAGCUCAUCUUACUCAACAUUCAAUUAUCCAUAGUGGCGAGAGACCAUAUUCCUGCACAUUUAAAGGCUGCGGUAAGACAUUUACUAGGCAAUAUCACUUACAGCGCCAUGCAAUUCUACAUCAAACGUUACGACCAGCAUCAGUAUGCUCCUGUGGUAAAUCAUUUCAAACCGAAGAAAACCUCGAGCAGCUUAAUCGUCAUAACGGCUUCACAUGUAAACAUAAAGACUGUAACAAAACUUUUUCAACCAAAAGCAAAUUAAUUAGACAUGAAAAAGUUCAUCAAGGUAAUCUAGACAGAUACUUUCUCAUACUGCUUAUAUAUACACGUAUAUAUGUAUAUAUAUUUUUUUAA